CAGGAAUGGUCCAGGUGUAGUCUGCGAAACGUUCGCGAGGGACAAGGCGCUCGCACGCGCACAGCCUCGCGACGCACAGUAGGCUUUUAAAAAAAACAGACAUGCGGUAGCAAGCACAUUUGCACGCACCCACACACACAUACAGAAGAAGAAGAAGAAGAAGAAGAAGGGGGGAAAAAAGAAAAGAAAUUCCUGCACCGGAGGAUGCGCGCUGGCAUGUCAUGUCGUACACGGAGCUCGCGCUGGUGAAGGAGUGUCUCUGUCAGAACACAUGAACGGAAAACGAUGUCGGAACAGGCUUAUGGCUUGACGUUAUCCGCAGCGCCUCCACUUCGCCGAGGAAGCACACCUCUACCGAUCAAGCACCUGUUAAAGCGAGAGGAAGCCGUCUCCGAGGAUUAUGACUGGAUACCCGGGCUCGAAGAGCCUUCCGCUCCGGCCAUCAGCGGCUGUAGCGAUGCUCAAGACGCACCUCUUCUUCUUAAAGUCCCGGAACAGAAGUACCGUGGGCCACUGCGGAUUGUCCUGCUAGGGCAGAACGGAGUGGGCAAAUCAUCUCUGGCCCUCAUUCUCGCUGGUCUGUCUGACAGAUCACUUUCAGUAGACUCUGAAACACUAGCAAGCGAUGAAGGAUAUCAGCGAAGGGUGACUGUAGAUGAUGAGGAUAGCUCAAUCUUGGUGUAUGACAACUGGAAACAGGAGCUCUCCUUGCUACAGUGUGAGGUGUGCAUCCUGGUGUUCUCGUUGACGGACCGCCGUAGCUUCCACCGUGUGUCUCAGCUGCGCUUGUUGCUGAGGGAGAGCCACCCCAACACUCCCAUCAUCCUCGUGGGCAACAAGAGUGACCUAGUGCGCUCCCGGGAGAUCAGCACAGAGGAGGCCCACUCAAACGCCAUGAUGUUCGACUGCGUGUACCUGGAGCUCUCUGUCUCUCUGGAUCAUGGCACUAACGAGCUCUUGGAGACAGCAGUGAGGGCUGCCCGGGGCCACAGCCUGGGGCCUGGAUGGACCGAUGGAUCACCUGGAGGCGGGCGUCGUCAAAGCCUUACCAGCAGGGCCAAGCGCUUCCUGUCAGGCCUGGUGCCACGCUCGCACCACGGCCGCGAGCGCAUCCGUGAGCAAGAGCGACACAGAGGCAACCGAAUGUUUCGACAGAAAUCUCGCUCCUGUCAUGACCUCAGUGCCCUGAUGUAAAGGGGACAGAUUAGGAACCGCAGAUAGAAAAAGUAAACAAUCAAUUUGUCAGGUUAAAUCCAGGAAAAGCUGUAGUAAUAUCAUCGUAUAUACACUGUAUCAUACAUGUGGCAGUCUGGGAAAACCCUUUGUGGCUGAAUUCUGGAAAAACAAGAAAAAAGGUUUGUUUUGCCAAUAAUAUACUUUGAAAGCUUUACCUUAGCAGCUGUCAUCAUCAAAACAGUAAAGAGCGCACUGUACAGAUGACAUUGGACAAAGUUUUGUCUUUUUUUUUUUAAUUACCUAAUAAAAAGGCUUUAAUGACACCGUGAUUUUAUUUUAACAACAGAUCCGACACGAUCUGUGCGAUUUUUUUUUUUUUUACCUCAGGUGAUGCAGAUGAUUCUAAUAACAAAGUGAGAACAUAGUCCUUGUAAUUUUUAAAAAUAUAUCCGCAAUCUUGUUUUUCCAUCUGUAGAUCCAGGCUAUAAAUUUAGGAUUACAUAUGCGUGCCGUCUUUCAGUGGAAUUCGAAUGAAAGCUUUACAUGUUCUCGAUCUUCUCUCUUUUUCAUUUAGGGAGGCUUUCAAACGCAAUACCUUUCUGACUUGUGCAAAUAAAACCGUUCUGGAAAGUUUACGGUUUUCCCAUGCUGCCACACAGAUAUAGAUAGUUAAGUAAGGGAAGUUAUCUAAAAACUUUGUUAAUUUUGUUGUUUCAUGUAUCAAUUCUCAAGAGGAAGAAGGGGGGAAAAAAACAGAAGACUCCUUAUCACACACUUACACAGUUGUAGUGUAGCUCCUUGAUAAGCUUUAUGCUGAAAUUAAAUAAGGCAGUAUUAUAAUUAGUGCAUGGACAUGUAGACCUUUUCAUAUUAUAGUAGCUGAUUUCCCCCACAAAAAAGACCAAAUAUCAGUCUUAAAAAUGACUUUUUCUGCCCUUAAGAAUGUAGGGCAUCUUAGAUAAACACAUUUCAAUCUUUUUGACUAUGUAUAUAUAUAUAUAUAUAUCAGGACAUCUAUAAAAUUUAGAACUGUAGGAAUUACGAGCCCUUUAAAUAUUUAGGAUAUGCUCCUCUUUGAAUUUUAUUCUUAAACGCACAUUUCGCUCAUACCAUACAUGGACAUUGUGUUAUUUCGUUUUUCUUUUUUUUUUUUUAUGGGCAGGUUAAUAGAUAGCUGAAUGAUAAGAGCAAUAUGAUUUGCCACAUGAGGCUUUCACAAUAAUUUCACUUCAGUCAUUUUCGUUUGGCACCUUGAAUUUAGCCACUAACUUAUUUGCACUAAAAGAAAAUAGCACAGGCAGACAGACAAAUCUCUGUGAGAAACACUUUUUUUACUCUCUCUCUCUCUCUCUCUCUCUCUCUCUUUCUAUUUCUCUCUCUCAAACACACACACAUACACACACACUCACUUUACCUCCUAGACUGCAACAAAACAUAUGCCUGAACGAAUGCUUGCACUUAAACCACAUUCCACACAGACAUGGAUUAUAGCCAUGCUCCGAGAGUAACAAGCUCAUUAUAAACAAAUUAUAAAUAUCGCUGAUCGUCUCUAUAUACGUCUUUUCUUGCCUACAUAUACAGUAAGGAAGCAAUACGAUGGAAGUCUUACGUCUUUAUCCACAGUCUUUCCCUGUUUCAAUACUGUUUUAACACACCGUUGACAACUUUCGUGGAUCAUUUGAUCAGGCCUGGCCAAUUGCCAUUCUAAGGAUAUCAGGAAACAAUGGAUGACCAAUCCUAGUAGCUCACAAGCUGGCUGCUUAAGGGCCAUAUUUGGGAUGUCAGGAAAUUUCCUCAUAUUCAGAGUCACCUGUUGAUUUUUUGGGGGACUUUCGCAUACAGAUUAUUAAAAUCACUUUCAUGUACUUCAUGCCUCCAACCUUGGUUGUCCCCUAUCUUACAACACAAGCACUUGGAUUUAAACCCCUAGAGUAUAUGCGCAUAAACUCAACCCUGAAUUCAAGUCCCUUCGAAUAAAUAUCCGUCUUUCCAGAGAUGGUGUCGUUGGCUUCAUUAAUCCCAAUUUAAUUGUAUCCAACAUAUUAGUUGGUUUCUGGAGCUAGUAAUGUAUGCGAAAUUGAAAACAACAAAAUAGCCCAAAGGAUAAUUAGAUAAAGGGAAGUUAAUGAGAGUUAACGCAACAAAAACACUGUUGAAAUGCAGGGUUGGUUUGUAGACUUUAACACCAUUAUUCAUCAACAUAGCACUUUCAUUCAAUUCACUUCUAAUUGAGCGUUCUUUGUAAAAAAUAAGACUAUGGAGCAGGGUCAUCAAAUUGGUGGAUGGCGGUCUGGAUGUAAAGUUUUUCAAGUACAUAUUGUAGCAGAGAUGAGAAGUAUAUGAAUAAAAGUCUCUUCAUAGUUCAGCGACUUCAGUGAACCUGGCUCGGCUCUUUUUCCACUCGCGUGUCUUUAUGUAAAUUAUUUUUAAUAGCUGAAGGCAGCUGAGCAGACCAGAGACUAGCUAGAGCUCAGAAAUUUUGUUCAAAUUGCCAUAAACUCAUUUUUUAGUGGAUCAUUAAAAGGUAACAGGUUGCCAGUCAGGAUAUCCAGACCUUUGGAAACCAGGAAUUUGACAGAACUGGACCUUUAUGAAUUCUACCUGGAAGAGAAACAAACAGCAAACCGUUAUGUCGUCCUGUUGUUUUAUGUCCUUACAUUUAAACUCUUCCCUUUUUCUACAUGAUCGUACUUGAAUUGAGCUCGAAGGAGCAUUGUUGUGGGGGCUGGCCACACACGCUUAUGCAACACCACAAACGUUCUGGAAACGUUGCUCUAAAGUCAACAUCGCAGUGUCAUUUCAUUGUCGGCUCAUAUAUUAUUCACUGUCGAUGAAUGUUGCUCACAGUGUUUUUUGGGGGACUAAAGGGAAAAUAAAAAUCAUUUGUAUUCCUU